AUUGUACUGGCUCACUUCACUACUUUGGAGGAUGGGUUUUUCCCCUUUUUGGUUCGCAAACGCUCUAACCCAUCGAGAAGCUCCAUCCAAAUUGGAGUUGAUGUGAGCACUUCCCCAGAGGCAGAGGCUUUUUCUACAAAAGGGUGGGAGCAUAAAAUGUAGGUGAGUCAAUUGCGUGUGGCCUUCAAGUAUUUCGUAUUGUAACAAUAUUAGAUCGGCAUCCAAACAAAGGUGCAUGUACGGUUCCUAAGGGAUACAAUUUUGUCCUAAUCAUCGAGAAAGAUGAAAUAAGUUGAUAGCGCGAUCUCGUACUAACACAUACUCUCUAAAUAUUUCAGAACUUGCAUGCGGCCUUCAAGCCACAACCGCGGUAUGAGUUCUGAUCUCAGACUUUGGUUUGGGGGCUGCUGGCCCCUUCGCGUCGACAAGGAAACUGUGGACGACAAUGGGUUUAGAAUUCGAAUAAAACAAAGACCCUAUCGAACAAAUAGAGGAAAGGGCGGAAAGGGGAAAAAGUAAAGUCUAAGCGACAUAUGGCACGAAAAGGAAAUCCAAUUUCGGUAAGACUUGAUCUGAAUCGUAGUUCAGAUCCAAGUCGGUUCAGUGAGGGCGACCGCGAAAGUCACCGAAUGGGUUCGGUCCGUCUUUUCCUGAUCUUUGUUUGUCCCCCCAAAAAAGGCGUGAGAGGACGUUGCAGAUGUCCGGGACGGACACGACUUCUUCUAACGCUAGAAGACCACAGGAAGAAACCCGGGACCAGAGCAUGUCGUGAAAGACGCACACGGGGCGGGCGUGCUUCGACCGUGUCUCCGGGGCACAGUUGAAUGUAGAUAUCAUGAACGCGAGGAUAAGGAUACCAGGCCGAGAAACCCGGGCAAGUACUCCCCUAAUGUGCCGAUCGCUAGCGCAUCCAGGGCCCCGGCGCCCAGCUCUGCUGGAGAGGCCGUCACUGAUCUGAAAAGUGCGUCUGCGGUUCGGAUAGACUGAUUCUGCGAACGCCUAGCCCCAGGAAUCAAUAAAAAAACAAGUGCUAAGUUUCAUUUCAGAUCAGUGAAUAAACCAAAAAAGAGACCUUUCUCGCUCGACGCCACACUAUGCUCCGCUUCAACAAAUGAGAGUUUUCGGUGGAACCGGUGAACCACGCGAGUUGGUUAGAUGCGUGGGGCAGAGGGCUCGUAGUACCUGAUAGCGCAGCUAUGCAGUGGAAGGGAAGGAGCCUAAAUCGACCCCCUUCUUUCUUUUUUAUUCAAAGACACAAAAGCAAGCACAAAAGAGAUUGGACUCUCGGAUGAGACUAAGCAGCUACCGUUCCGACGCGCCCCUGACCCUAUCUUGAUUCAAACCGAAAACCCUCUCUAAGGUGGAGCCUAGUUGAAGCUGUCAUUCAAAGAAUAAAUGGGAAUCCAAAUCCACUUUUAGGGAUAUAGAUGAAGUCUCGCUCAGUAAAGAGAGUUGUAGAUUCGUAGAAGAGGAUCAGAGUACGCGCGCUACAAAAGGCAGCUAGCCAAUGAAAGUAAGUGGAAAGAAUAUAGUACUUUUGUACUGACCCCUCCGGGGCCCCCGGUUGUUUUGGCGCGCCCUACCCCAACGUUAGACUAUUGCCUUUUUAGCCUACGCUUGCUGCUUGCAGCAUGGAUUCGAUAGAUCUAUCGAAUCCAUGCUUCCCCCGCCCCGAAGCGAGACUCUAUCCAGAUCUCAAAGAAUAACGAGCUAGGCGGCCGGCGGGCAAAGAAAGGGGGCGGGGCGUUUACUUGAAAAUGACAACCGCCUGUUCCAGCAGCGGGGGCCUUGCACGAAAGCAAACCUACGAUUAAGUAGCAGUUGCUUUCGCUGAUGGGCCCAGUGAGGGGGGGCAUUGUCCCUCAGUUCUUACCAACCUCAGGUGUGUACAUCUAACUUAUUAUCUUCUUUUUUCAUGCAAGCCUGACCUCAGCUGUCCAUUUCUUAUUCAUUCAGGGCGCCCCUAGUGGACUUGGCGGUGCUCCUUUCUCAAACCAGAACAACUCUGAACGUUAGGGAAAAUAAGGGAAGACCACCUGAGCGAACCGACCGAAGGGACUUUACUUAUCCGAACCGAACGUUAGCGGCUUAAGCUAAGCCUAUCACGAGCUGCGUUGCUGCUUGAUCGGCGGGGAGGAAGAUCUCAAAGUAUGGGGCAAAUGAUCAAGCACUUUGACUUUGCUUUGUCCCCCGGGAUCCACCACAGGUUGGGUUUGAGAGCCGUGUGAUGGGUGACUAUCUAGCACGGUUCAGAGAGCACGUGUAUGUAGUCUGCGCUGGUGAAUGGAAGCCCCCGCCGCAAAAAAGAAGCGGCUCUUCCCACGGCUCUGUCACCAUUGACUCUAUUUAUUAUUAUGGUAAAUCAUUGUAUCAAGAUGUCAAUCUUAGAUCUUAUUUUAGUUCGAUACGUCCACCUACGAAACUCGCCCUUGGCUUUCGUCUCGGUAGGUGUAUUAUUCUACAUUUUCCCAAAAGGACAUUCAUUCAUUUCUUUCUUCCCGGGCGAUCACCACGACUAAAACGAAAACAAGACAAGAAAUCAAGACCCGUACUACAGGAAAAGGGCUGGUGGCCGACAUUUGGGAAAGUCGGGCCGAUCGGGUGUCUUCAUUCAAGCGAGGGUACAGAGGAAGAACGAAACGAAGUGAGAGGCCGGGGGGCAGGGAAAAGAGUCGAGUCGAUCGACCAGGAGAAGCAAAACGAAAUCCGGAUUUGGCCGAAAAAGAUGCAACGUUAUGGAUACCAUGACCGAUCACCAUCGAGAAAGAAGAAUUUUGAUAAAUCACUUCGGGUGAGCGGGGCCUUCAAGCGGCCUCAAUACGCCGGGGUUGUAAAUGACAUACCUUUCCUUAUGGGAAAUGCCGCCUCCUUACUAAAAAGGAAUAGAAUCAAGUUAUUUUUACCAAAGAAGUCCCGCUCUGACGGCCCGACGAGUCAUCUACUAAAAAGGACCCUCCCCGCUGUGCGCCCCUCCUUGAAUUAUUCGGUCAUGCAAUACUUUUUUAAUACUAAGAAUAAAAUGCAUUUCGACCCCGUCCUAGUUCUCAAUCAUUUCGUGGCACCGGGUGUGGCUGAACCAUCUAGGAUGGGGGGAGCGAAGGGAGGAAGCUUAGAUAAGAGAAUACGCUCUCGCAUCGCUUUUUUUUAGAAAGCUCUACCAGCGAGAAAAAGUGUUUGGCCCGAGCCAAAAAGAGGUUGAUCCACUUCAUUCGCCAAGCGAAUGAUCUUCGCUUCGCGGGAACAACAAAAACCACCAUAUCGCUCUUUCCUUUCUUCGGUGCUACCUUCUUUUUUCCAAGGGAUGGGGUUGGGGUGUAUAAUAACCCUUUUUUUGAGUAUGCCCGGAAACAACUCCUAGCUCAAUUUAGGAUCAAAUGUAGGAACCUCAUGG